AUGUUGAAAAAAGGAAAAUUAUUCAUUCUUGAUGGAGCUUUGAUUCAGAAAGAGAAUCAAGUUCUUAGCUCGGCAAGGCAAUCUCCAAUUUCGUGUUUCAAUUUUCAAAAAAAAAAAAAAAAAAAAAUCUGUACAGCCAAUUUUCCAGCCACGCGCGGUGCAAACGAAACGAGACCAUAGAAGCCAUAGGAAACGCACGGGGAGAGAAAAAAUAUAUAUAAAAUAUAACGCGAGUUUCGAAACCGGUUCGGUUAGAGUCUAGUUGUAGCCGAGAUUCGGAAUGAACUUUUUUUUCUUUCCUUGUCGCUCCAUACGUGGGAGAUCCACGUACGCUUUGCACGCGCUUUAUGUGUGUCCCGAGGAAAAGCACGAACGAAAAAAAAAAAAAAAAGAAAAAGAAAAAAAGAGAAAAAAAAAGAUACGCACCCUCGAGAGAACGAGAGAGUUUUGCAGGUACGAAUAACGAUCGUUGUUGCAUCCCUCCUCUCUUCCACCCCGACCCGCUCUUCUAGCAUCGGGACACGCAGGAAACGCUGACAGUCCUCGACAGGUUGGACCUCGAUACCGAGAAGCCGACGGACGAGGAACUGGCAAGGAAGUUCGGCUUCGAGGAAGCGUAUUACGAGGGCACCCUCACGUGGUGGCAGAAGCUCAAGCCCCAGAUGUGGUCGCUGUUCGAUGAGCCCUACUCCUCGCUGGCAGCCAAGGUGAUCAGCAUAGUCUCGGUUCUGUUCAUCUGUAUCUCGAUCUUGUCGUUCUGCCUGAAGACGCACCCGGACAUGCGCGUGCCGGUGAUCGUGAACCGGUCGGUGAACACGGGCAACGGUAGCUCCUGGGCGGUGGACAAGACUCACACGAACGCGCACGACUUCUUUUUCUACAUCGAGUGCGUGUGCAACGCCUGGUUCACCAUCGAGUUCCUCAUACGGAUCACCGCUAGCCCGAACCGUUGCGUGUUCAUCAAGAGCUCGGUGAACCUGAUCGACAUGGUCGCCACAUUGAGCUUCUACCUCGACCUGGCGUUGCAACGUUUCGCCUCCCACCUGGAGAACGCCGACAUCCUCGAGUUCUUGAGCAUCAUACGUAUCAUGAGACUGUUCAAGUUGACCCGGCACUCGUCCGGCCUGAAGAUCCUCAUCCAAACGUUCCGCGCGUCCGCCAAGGAGCUCACGCUGCUGGUCUUCUUCCUAGUCCUUGGCAUCGUGAUAUUCGCCAGCCUAGUCUACUACGCGGAGCGUACUCAGUACAAUCCGAAGAACGACUUCAAGAGCAUACCGUUGGGCCUGUGGUGGGCACUGGUCACGAUGACCACCGUCGGCUACGGGGACAUGGUGCCGAAGACCUACGUGGGGAUGUUCGUCGGCGCGUUGUGCGCCCUCGCCGGUGUCCUCACGAUCGCCCUGCCGGUGCCCGUGAUCGUCAGCAACUUUGCGAUGUAUUACAGUCACACGCAGGCGCGAGCCAAGCUACCGAAGAAGAGACGCCGCGUAUUACCGGUGGAGCAGCCGAGGGUGCGGACGCUGGGCGCGCCAUUGGGCGCGGCCGGGGUCGCUGGCACCAUGGGGCCGCCGGGCUGCACCCAGCAGCACAUGCAGUCGGGCGGGCCGACAUCCGGGGCCGGUGGCCUGGCCCCUGGCCUUGGACAGACGCCCGGCGUCGGCUGCGCCGGCGGCAUCGGGCCUCAGAACAGACGGAUGAACGCGAUCAAGACCAAUCAUCCCAAGGAUGUUUCGUUCGCCACGAAAACA